AAAGUUGGGUUGUCUAUCUGCAGGCGAAACAACCUGUUCGCCAAUUACCUGUUUGCAAGUAAAACUGCCAUCAUGUGAUGACAGGACAAAGAAGCGGGAAAUUCAAACCACCUCAACUUAAACAGAAUAAUGCCCACCUACAAGUUGACUUAUUUCCCUACUAAGGGCGUGGCGGAACCCAUUCGUUUUCUACUAAGCUAUGGAGGGGUCGAUUUCGUGGAUUAUCGCUUCAAUCGCGAAGAUUGGCCCAAGUUGAAACCCUCAAUGUUAUUUGGGCAAGUACCGAUACUGGAAGUCGAUGGUAAAAAGAUCAAUCAAUCAACGGCAAUUUCACGUUAUUUAGCCAAACAGUUCGGACUUGCUGGUAGAAACGAAUGGGAAGCAUUAGAAAUCGAUGCUAUCGUUGCCACCAUUGAUGAUUUCAGAAGCAAAAUUGCAGCUUGGCAUUAUGAAACCGAUGAAGCGGCUAAACAACGGAAAGAGGGUCCAUUGUUCAAGGAAACAAUCCCCUUCUACCUUGAAAAUCUGGACGCUCAAGUUAAGCAAAAUGGCGGAUACUUUGUUGGUGGUGCUUUGAGUUGGGCUGAUUUCUUAUUCGUUGCUAUGCUGGACUACAUCAAUUUUAUGGCAAAGACAGAUGUUAUUCAGAAGUAUGAUAAUCUAAAGCAACUGAAAGCGAAGGUUCUCGAUUUACCGAAAAUCAAAGCCUGGGUGGAAAAACGUCCACACUCUGACAGUUAACUAGAGAGAUGACCGGUUAAGUACCAUUCAACAAAUACUUUCGUUUUUUUUUUUUUUUUUUUUUUUCACCAGAAAGAUUGCUCUUUUAUUGACGCUUUCGCUGAUACAAAACUUUGGUAUUAUAAUAUCUCUAGCGCUAUCGUAGGAUCGAGUUUUUGUGAAAUCACGGAAAAUCUUUACCUGGUUUAAUUGCAGUUCGCAUCGAAAAGUUUGAGAUGAAAAAAUGAUAGGAAUUUUCCUGUGUCCUCAGUAAUCGUAUGAGGCCAUCAUUACUUUGAAGCAAUAGGUUGUGACGGAAGUAAAAAAUGGUGACCGAAGAACUUUUUGAAUAUAGGAGAACUACAAAACUUACCGCAACACGCAUAAUCUGUGUAUUUUACAGUUUGGAAAAAAAACGUUGGCAGCGUUUCGCAUCUACUUUGGUUGCCGAUAGAACAUUUCCAGAUUCCGUUUCUGUUUUCGCUGAAUUCGAAAAAAUGAUCAACUCUUUCUGUAUUUCUGAUGUCUUAUUUGAUCAAGUGAUACUCGUUUAUAAUUAUUGACAUUUUUUAUUCUUAUUAUGGUAGAAUUUUUCAGUUACUUUUCCCAUGGCGUAGUAUCUAUAGUAGCAAUUACUGCAACAACAAUUGUUCAGUUUCGGUUAUUGAAAACUGCUAAAAAAGAAUCACAGUCUAAUACGUGUGAUCUCUUUACGAACACUAUUUUU